ACCAGGUUCAAUAGAACAUAACCACACUCUAUCAGAGACAAAAACAUCAGUAAUAUCUUUCUCAUGCUUUGGAGGAGGACAUAUACAUCUAUGAAGAUGGCAUCGCAACGUAUCGCAUUCAAAGUAUCUGGCACGGUCCAAGGGGUGGGAUUCCGGGACUUUACUCAGAAGAGAGCCACCCAAUAUGAUGUAAAAGGCUGGGUGAAGAACACACAUUGUGGAAGGGUAGAAGGAGAAGCCCAAGGGACCGAGGAUUCUCUACAAAAGUUCCUCAAAGACAUCAACAACGGGCCUCGCCAUGCACAUGUCGUCAAGCUAGAGAAGAAGGAAAUUGCACCAAAGGAUGGCGAGGUAGAAUUCGGGUUCAUGAAGACUUCGGAGUCAGGGUAUGAGGCUAUGCAGUGAUAUCUCUCUGUAUACAGACUUUUGCUUCUGCAGUCUGCGGUCUUUAAACAGUUUCUUGUUCUUAUGUCACAAAUCACAACUAGCAAAUAGCGAUGUGUUGAUCCUCGCCCCUCCGACAAACCUCGUAUUGAGAAAUCACCCGAAAGCCAAGCCAGGCUCUUCAUGAUCAAUGACAGCAUGAAACGGAAAAUACAGGAGAAACAACAAACA